GUGAGACGCCCGCGUUUCUCCAUCUUCGUUCUCUGAAUGGCGGCGGGGUCUUGUGUCCGUACAGCAAGGGUAAACUGGAAGCCGGAUACAUAACCAUUGGCGUGUUUAGGAAGAAAAAGUACUUCUAUGCGGUCAUGGAAGCCGAAGACGUAGAUCCAUCAUUGGCGCCGACCUUCUGGUAUAUGGCCGGUGAACCGGGCAGUAGCAGCUUGGGAGAGGCCAUGAUGUUAAAUGGACCAUGCAGGAUGUCUCCUAACGGGGAAGAGCUUCUGGAUAAUACAUACUCGUGGACUAAGCAAGCCAACGGCAUUUGGAUCGAUGCACCUGGACCUACCGGCUUCAGCGUGGGCCCGAUAGAGUCCACCUUGGAGAAGUUUAUAGACAACAUGCUCGAUAUAAUGAAGACUGGCCUGGGGGUCUGUAAAGCAGCUGUCGACAAGUGCAAUUCUAAUGGACCUGGGAAGCCUGCUAAGCCCGUUUUCUGCCAAGAAGCUUUUGAUACCUGUGAAGCAUUAACGAUGAACCGUAUGGACGCAGCACGCAAGAGCAU